UGAUACGCAUCAGUUUUUUGUCAUAAUAGUAAUUUAGAUUUAAGACUUUUGAUGACUUUAACCCACCCAUCCUCACUCACUCACUCACUCUUUCCUUGUCCUUCACUUCUAAACAAAGUUAAUCAAUCACUCCUCUGCUUUUGUCUCAGCCCAGUGAAAUCUCAACCCAACAUUUUUAUAAUUCUUACAUCAUCAACAAUUAAUUGCCUUUGUUUACGCUACCUGGGUCCAACCUUCUUGUCUUGUCCACUUUUUUCUCCCAACCAUGUAACUCGGUUACUAACUGUCACUCUGUCCAAAGAAUUCAGGUUUUAGAUUUUGAAGGAGAGUUCUUCCCGCUAUGGUGACAUUUUACCAUCGUGUGUCAUGAAACAAAUCCACACUUAAGGGAAGUUGUUGUUGGUGUCACAGGUAGAACAGUGUUUGGUGAAUGGAUUCCUGAAGCGUUUGGAUCAUGUUAGAGAUCAUACGUUUAUUAUGGUGAAAAUAGUGUGUAUAAGUGAUGGAUGAGCUUAAUCUCUGAAAUGAAAAUGGGUUCUGUGAACUCCAAAACUGAAAAGAAUGAAGCCUUGCUUCUUUGUAAGGAAAGAAAGAGGUUGAUCAAGAUGGCCAUUGAUUCCAGAUAUGCUCUUGCUGCUUCACACUUAUCUUACAUCCAAUCUCUUCGAAACAUUGGCGUCGCUCUUCGACGAUACGCCGAGGCAGAGAUGCUAAUAGAGUCGUCCUUAUCGGUUUCAGAUCACACCUCAUCUCAAUCUACUUACCCUUCUCCAUCACCUUCACAUAUUGAUGAUGAUGCUUCGGAGUCACCAUUGAACAAUGAGAGUCAUCAUCAUCAUGUGAGUUAUAUGAGAACAAGUGGCAGUGCAGCUGUGACUGUUAUGAUCAAUCCCCACAUUGAAAAUCACUUCGAUGAUGAAGCCAUUGGGUUGUUCCCAAUUCCUCCACCUCCUCCUGAGAGUGGUGCCUCUUGGGAUUUCUUUGAUCCUACUGAUAAUGCUAAGAAUUUCAAGUUUGAGGGGCAUGCAAGUUACUUCAAGGAUGAAGGAGAAACCGGUUCGUUCAUGGAUGUGUCAAGGGGUCAAUGGUCACAAGUUGCUAAUGAAAGGGAUGUUGCUAGAGCGGUACAAGGUUGCAAACAGAAUUAUGUUGGUGUUGUUGGACGAUCAAGUUCAAAGAACAAUAAGAAGGAUCUAGCUAUGAACACUGAGAGGGAAGAUCCUUCUGAGUUCAUCACUCACAGGGCUAAAGAUUUUUUUUCUAGCAUUAAGGUUAUAGAGAAUCGGUUUGUACGAGCUUCUGAAUCUGGUAGGGAGGUCUCAAGGCUAUUGGAGGCAAACAAAAUCAAGGUUGGAUAUUCUGAGGCAAAAGGGAAAUCAUCUCCCACGAUUUUGCUAGCGGCUUUUAUGUUUGCUUGCUACGGUCAAAAGGCUACACCUUUUUGCCAAGAACCUGCACAGAAGAUUAUUAACUGGAAGAGGACAUUAUCUUCUCAAUCAUCCUCAAUCAGGAACCCAUUAGUUACAACAUCGAAGAAGUAUAUGGAUGAUAAUGGAAGUGACUUUUGUGAAGAACCCUGCAUGAUUGCUGGAAGUCAUUCGUGCACCCUUGACAGAUUGUAUGCAUGGGAGAGAAAACUUUAUGAUGAAGUAAAGGCUGGUGAGUUCAUCAAGAAGGAUUUUGAUCGAAAAUGUGACCAGCUAAGGCAUCAAUUUGCAAAAGAUGAAGGCAAUAAAGUGAUUGACAAAACCCGAACAGUAGUGAAGGAUCUGCAUUCACGGAUAAUAGUGGCUAUUUAUUCUGUUGAUUUAAUAUCUAAACGAAUCGAGAGGAUGAGAGAUGAAGAAUUGUUCCCACAACUUUUGGAAUUAACUCAAGGGUUGAUGAGGAUGUGGAAGGCUAUGCUUGAAUGUCAUCAUGCACAAUACAUUACUAUCUCUUUGGCUUAUCAUUCAAGGAACUCAAUGAGAACCUUGGAAGGAGAUACCCGAAGAGAGAUAAUGACUCAGCUACUAGAAGAAUUUGAGUGCUUUGGUCUAAGCUUUUCUAACUGUAUCGACAGCCACACCUCAUACAUUGAAGCUCUCAAUGUAUGGCUACAAAAUUGUAUACUACAACCAAGGGAACGUUCCAAGAGCAGAAAACCAUUCUCCCCUCGCCGUGCUUUGGCCCCACCUAUAUUUGUUCUUUGUCGAGAUUGGUGUGCUGGAAUUAAAGCUUUGCCUUCUGAGGAACUAAGUCGUGCAAUAAAGAACUUUGUGUCUGAUCUUCGUCGCAUGAUAGAGCAGCAAGAUCAAGAGCUUCAUGAAAAACAGAAUUCAACUGUUGCAAGCAUUGGUGGAGAAACCGAGAGCAAAACUAAUGAAGAAAGUGAAGACGAUUCUUCACAUUUGUGUUGCAUACAUGCAAGUUUAACCAAACUUGUUCACCAACUCACUAAAUUUGCUGAGGCAUCAUUGAAGUUGUAUGAAGAUAUCAGACAAAAAAGUGAAACAGCUCAAACUGCGUAUCAUAAUUGCAUGACUAUCAGGACUGGGAAAAUUUGAUCCUCAAAUAUUAACUCCCUCUUCUUACCUAAAAUUAAUAGAAAAUACUACGUAAGACAAUAACAAUUAUUUGUGUUGUCGUUUCAGGAUGAUCUCUUGAUUUAGUGCGUUUGCUCAUUUUAA